UCCCCCCACACCCCCGGGCCACACACACGCACGGGGUUUAGGGUUUAAGGCAGUAAGUAACAUUCAACAAACCUCUCUAUUUCUCUCUCAGGGUUUUAGAGAAUAAGAUGGGUGCAGACAAAGGGAAGAAGCAAAAACUUGAUGAAGAAAACAACAACAUUGAUGGUGACCUUGUUAUUUCCAUUGAGAAAUUGCAAGAAAUACAAGACGAGCUUGAGAAGAUCAAUGAAGAAGCAAGUGAUAAAGUAUUGGAAGUGGAACAGAAGUACAAUGUGAUCCGCAAGCCUGUCUAUGAUAAGCGAAACGACAUCAUUAAAGCUAUUCCGGACUUCUGGUUGACUGCUUUUUUGAGUCAUCCUGUCCUAGGUGAACUUCUAACUGAAGAAGACCAAAAGAUCUUCAAGUCUCUAAGUUCUAUUGAAGUGGAAGAAUCUAAAGAUGUGAAGUCGGGCUACUCGAUCACCUUUAACUUCAAUGCAAAUCCUUAUUUUGAAAAUACAAAGCUCUCAAAGACCUAUACCUUCCUUGAAGAUGGACCCACAAAGAUUUCUGCUACAACAAUAAAAUGGAAAGAAGGCAUGGGCAUUCCUAAUGGAGUUGCUCACGAGAAGAAUGGAAACAAGCGAUCUCAUGCUGAGGAAAGCUUCUUUACAUGGUUCAGUGAAGUCAACCAAAAAGAUGAGGAUGAGGAUGAGGCUCUAGAGAUUCAGGAUGAGGUUGCGGAGAUAAUUAAGGACGACUUGUGGCCGAACCCGCUCACUUAUUUUAACAAUGAGCCUGAUGAAGAAGAUUUUGAUGCUGACGAGGGUAAGGACAGUGAAGGCUCUGAAGACGAUGAGGAACAAGAUGAGGAUGACGAAGAUGGUGACGAAGAGUGAAAGCAGAUAAACCAUUCAACACCUAUCUUAUCUUAGGAUCUCAUCUUGAAUGGUUUAAUCAUCGGGAUUUGGUGUCUGUAAAGAGGCUCUGAAUGUUGCAAACGAUCAAAAUUACAGUGGUGACUAUACUUUUUUUUUUUCUUCCUCUACUGUUAUAAGCAAAUAUCUAAUUCCAGAGUUCCCUGAACCUUGUUUCAUUUA